AUGGAACUCAAGCGAGAACAUUUUCGCGCCAAAAUUUAUUACAACUUUCAGAGACUAUUAUCGCAACAAGAAUGCCUUGCUGAGUUACUGUCUCUUUUCGGCAACGAAGCGCCACAUCAGUCGACAAUUUCCCGUUGGUAUGGAGAAUUCAAACGUGGACGGGUGAGUCUUAGCGACGAUCCCAGGGAAAACAUCGAUGCUGUGCGCAUGCUCAUCAUUGAAGAUAGACACGUGACAUAUCGCGAGAUUGAGGCGUCCUUGAAGAUCUCAAAGACCUUAAUUCAACAAAUUUUAUAUGAAGAAUUAGGAGUAAGAAAAUUAGUUUCUCGUUGGAUACCCCACCUGUUGACUGAAGAGCAGAAAGCAGCCAGGGUUAAUUGGUGUCAAAAAACGCUUGACCGUUUCAAUUCCGGAAACCCAAAAAAAGUGUACAGCAUUGUUAGUGGUGAUGAAUCGUGGAUUUACUGUUAUGAACCAGAAAAUAAUCGACAGUCGACUCCAACAAAAGUCAUCCGUUCUCGAAGUGUUUCGAAAAAGAUGGUCGCGACAUUUGUGUCAAAAGCGGGUCAUAUUGCAACAAUUCCUCCCAAUGAGCAAAGAACUGUUAGUGUGGAUUGGUAUACCAUCAUUUGUUUGCCAAAAGUCAUCAGCGAGCUUGAAAAAAUCAACCCCGAAAGAAGAAUCAUCCUCCAAAAAGACAAUGCAAUCUCGCACACAGCCCAAGAAACAAGGCAGUAUUUAACGGAAGAAAACGUGGAAUUAUUGGACCAUCCUCCAUAUAGUCCCGAUCUAAGUCCUAACGAUUUCUUUACUUUCCUGAAAAUUAAAAACAGACUGCGUGGUCAAAGGUUCCAGUCACCAGAAGAAGCAGUUGACACAUUCAAAAAUGCCGUUUUGGAUCUGCCAGCAAACGAGUGGAAUAAGUGCUUCGAAAAUUUUUUCUGGUGCAGACAACGGUCACUCUGGGAUCAGGAAUGGAACAGUAUUGUCUUUAGUGAAGAGUCUCGAUUUUGUUUAGGCAUGCACGAUGGUCGUGCCAGGGUUAGAAGGCGACGUGGUGAAAGGAGGAAUCCACAGUUUUUUGUUGAAAGACAUGUUCAUCACACUGUUGGAGUUAUGGUUUGGGGUGCUAUAGCUUAUGGUUCCAGGUCACCUUUAAUCUUCAUCAGAGGUAACAUGAACGCGCAGCGUUAUAUCCACGAAGUUCUAGAACCCCAUCUUUUACCCUAUCUUGACACCCUGGCAGAUCCAACUUUCCAACAAGAUAAUGCCCGACCACAUGUUGCAAGAGUCACAAUAGACUUCUUUCAACAUAAUGAUGUCACAUUGUUACCAUGGCCACUAAGAUCUCCCGACUUAUCCCCAAUUGAGCACGUGUGGGAUAUGAUGCGUAGGAGAUUGCUCAAUUUGCAACGUCCUCCUCAGACUCUAGAAGCACUUCGAGAGGAGUUGGUGGAGGACAUUGACCACCUGAUCAGAAGCAUGCCUAGGCGCGUUGGAGAAUGCGUAGCACAUCAGGGUGCAUCCACACAUUAUUAA